AUAUAAGGGGUGCCCGGGUGCAGCUGCCGCCGCUACCGCUGCUGCAGUGCUGGGCGCGGGCCCCGGGAGGCUGUGCGCGCUCCGACAGACGGACUGACAGACCGACAGACGCCCUGCGCCCCUCGCUGCCAGCCGCUCGGCGCCCCGGGCUCGCCAUGCAGUCCGCCGCCGUCCUGGCGCUUCUGCUCUGCGCCUGGCAAGCCACUGCCCUCCCCGUGAACAGCCCUAUGAAUAAGGGGGACACUGAGGUCAUGAAGUGCAUUGUCGAGGUCAUCUCUGACACCCUUUCCAAGCCCAGCCCGACGCCUGUCAGCCAGGAGUGCUUCGAGACGCUCCGCGGAGAUGAACGGAUCCUGUCCAUCCUGCGGCAUCAGAACCUGCUGAAGGAGCUCCGAGACCUUGCUCUCCAAGGGGCCGAGGAGAGGGCGCGGCAGGAGACGCACAGCGGCUUCGAGGAGGAGCUCUCGCAGGUUCUGGACGCCCAGAGCCACCAGACCACGCCGCCAGGGGUGACGGAAGAGGCGGCCUCUAGGGACGCAGAGGCGAAGAGGGAGGACUCGAGGGAAGCACCGAGGAGCGGGGAAGCCGCAGACGGAGCCGGGCCCCAGGCCUUCCCAGCGCCCGGGCAGGACAGCACGGCGGACGCCAACAGCCCAGCCCUGGGGGAGGCAGAAGCCACCCUCACCCAGCCCCCACCCAGCCUCCCCGGCCAGAAACACCCAGGGCCGCAGGCCGAGGGGGACAGCCGGGGCCCCACAUGGCAUCCAGUGGACGGGGCCAGAGGGCCGAGUGCAAAGCCAGGGCAGCAGGCGAAGAGAGAAGAGGAAGGGGAGGAGGAGGAGGAGGAGGAGGAGGAAGAGGAAGAGGAGGAGGAGGCAGAGGCUGGAGACAAGGCCGGCCCUGCGCGGGAAGGCCCCACGGCAGCAGGUGGCCCGCACGCCAACCUUGGCUACAAGGAGGAACGGAAAGGCAAGGGUCGGUCCGAGGCUGUGGCCCAGGAUGGCGCCAGGAAGACUGGGGCUGAGCCCCCCGAGGGGCAGGAGGAGGCGGAGGAGCCGGCGGGGCCCCCCGGGGGUCCUUCCCUGGACGGGAAGGACGAGCAGGACGAGCCGCUCUCCAAGGAGUGGGAGGGAGCCAAGCGCUGGAGCAAGAUGGAGAAGCUGGCGCAGGAGCUGACGGCCGAGAAGCGGCUGCAGGGCGGGGACGGGCACGGGGACGAGCCCGACCGCUCCAUGAAGCUCUCCUUCCAGCCCCGCGCCUACGGCUUCAGGGGGCCCGGGCCCCAGCUGCGGCGGGGCUGGCGGCCGUCGGCCCAGGAGGACAGCGUGGAGGCGGGCCUGCCCCCGCGGGGCCACGGCUACCCGGAGGAGAAGAAGGAGGAGGAGGGCAGCGCCAACCGCAGGCCUGAGGACCAGGAGCUGGAGAGCCUGUCGGCCAUCGAGGCGGAGCUGGAGAAGGUGGCACAGCAGCUGCAGGCCCUGCGGCGGGGCUGAGCCGCAGGCUGGCGGGGCCGCCCAGGGCUCCGGGGCACCCCGUGGUCCUGGCUCUGCUGUCGCCUUUGCGGCUCCUGGUCACACAGCCCGGACACUGCUUCCAGCCGGGAGCCAGCCUCCAGGCCGCCGAAGCCCAGGCCCCGUCGCCCCCUAGACUCCCUUCCUCCCAUUCUCGACCCUGGAAUAUCCUUCCACACUGCACCCCCUCCCCAACUCUCAACGUCGGUUAUUCCUUCUCUGAACACGGGCAGCUUUCUAGAAGUUUCCUUCCACCAUCACCUCCACUGGGCACUAUUGCAAGAACUUCUGACCUUUGGGGAGAGCGGAGAGCGCCUGACUAAGAUAUUCUGCACAAGAUUAUCCAAGGAGAAUAAAUCUGUUCUGGGCUCUC